AUUGGUUCGUUUGCAUGAAGUGCAGUCGUCGUGUUCCAUCUUCCAUCUGUUUUGCGAAAAAAUUGCUUAGUUAUCAUUUGUGCUGGGUAAUCAGUGUUUUGCCUAACAAUUUCUAUAAAUUCAUUCGUUUAUUCUUAUCAGCGUACACUGCUAAAAAAUGUAAACAAUAGGGGUGUUUGGAACAACUUGUGCGAUAGUGUUAUGCACUCGUUCAACGGUGAAAAUUUCAGGUGCAUAUUGAGGUCACCAACGGGUGCAUAACUUAACAAGUUACACUGGAAAGUGACUGUUUGCAGCGGUUUUGAGCAAUGUUUUCCGUGUUCAAGAAACUCGCAACGAAAACCGACGGCCCGCUGGCUGCCGUCGGUGGAACGGGCGCUCUGCCUGAAUCCGUUGGCCAGCAAAUGUCCGAUUCACUCCGUAAGAAGUUUUCUCGUGGGGUGCAAUAUAACAUGAAAGUGAUUGUCAAGGGCGAUCGGAACGUGGGGAAAUCGUGCCUGCUGGCGCGUUUACAGGGCAAGGCCUUCCUCGAGCAGUACAAUCCGACGGAGCAAAUUCAAGUUGCUUCGAUCCAAUGGUCCUUCAAGGCCACCGAUGAUAUCGUUAAAGUCGAAGUCUGGGAUGUGGUGGACCGUGGAAAAGCAAAGCAGAAGUCAGGUGCCCUAAAACUUAACACUGACGUUCAGGCAGAUGACAUUCCGGUACUUGAUGCAGAAUUUCUCGACGUGUAUAAAGGAACACACUGCGUUGUAAUGAUGAUGGACAUUACCAAAGCAUGGACAUUCGAAUACGUGUGCAGAGAGUUGCCGAAGGUACCCGGAGACAUUCCGGUGUUGCUGCUGGGAAACCAUUGUGAUAUGGGACAUCAUCGGGUCAUUAGCAAGGAUCAGAUUCAGGGUUUUAUCGAGGAAACCAGCCAAACGCGGACGGCAGAGAUCGUAUACGGGGACAGUUCCAUGCGGAAUGGGUUUGGGCUGCGAUUGUUACACAAGUUCUUCGGCAUUCCAUUUCUGUAUCUGCAGCGUAGUGCGCUUGAAGCUUCGAUUAAGAAAAAUGAACAAGAUGCUGACAUUUGUCGGCUUGAGAUAAACGAAUUUCUGAAAUCGAAUGAUGCGGAAUAUAGCACAUUUCUGGAAAAUCUCACUAAUCGUAAAAAAGCAAACGAACCGUCGGCCUACUCGCAUUCGUCUUCUCUCCCGUCAACGCCUCUUGAAGCGCUUCCUCGACCGACGAAAAGCAUUAUUCUUGGUGGUGGUCAUCCGAUCAUUGUGCCGGAUAAGAACAGUCACCUAGCUGUGGCCUCAACCUCUACUGUUAAUACUGCCAAACUAGCCUCGCCAGCGGCAAAGUUGGCUCCCUUGAAUGCCUCACAGGGAGUGGAUGCUUUGCGGAUUCCCAAGAGUGCUACUAUGGGCUCGAUAUCUACUGAAAGCGACAGUGGAAGUGGUUUCGUAGCACCUGGUGGAAUUGUUGCCGUUAGUGGGUCACCCGGUGGAAAGAUUAGUAACGUGGAUGAAUUCUGUCCGGAUGGUGGUGUACUGGAUAAAUCAUUUCUUGAGGAUGCGGUUGAUGCAAUCGCUGGAGCGACUGAAGGGGCGUUGAAUGUAGAAUCGGAAAGCGAUGACGAAAGUCGCCAUAAUCCAUUAGUUUCGAGGUUUGAUGACGAAUUUACCGGUGCAGUAGGGGCGGAUCUAACGGAGUAUGAUCAAUUACACAAGUGUGUGAGUGGUUCUAGUGAGCUGAAAGGAGCGAGAAAAUCUAAUCCGCUAUUGCGACACAAUUUGACCCCGUCGCCCAACAAUGUCGCGUUGGUCGAUCGGGCAUACUCGCUGUCAAGCAUAGAACUGGAGAUUGGUCGAGUGACUGUCGAAGAGGAGCUGGGUAAGCAGGCCGAUGUAGAUACAGGGAUUCUUCCGGAUAAUGAGAGCUGGUCGCUGGAUACGAAAGAACGCCGUUCGCCGGAGGGUGGUGAAGAUAUUGACUCGAACGUUUCCGUGACUUGUCCGAAGAGUGGCGCUAGUUCGAAGAAGAGUAAGGACAAAGAAAAAGAUCGCAGUAGUAAACACAAAAAGUCGAAGAAAUCUAGCCGCGAAAAGGAUGAAUCUCGAGAGGAGCGGCGACGGAGCAAACGGCGAAGUCACGUGGAUGACUUCGUUCAGGAAAUGAAAUCUAGCGCUGAAUACUGCGAGGAAGCUUACGAAGCAAUUUGAGAUUCUGAUGAGCGGCAUGAUUUGGAGUUAUUUUGUAGCUAUCAUCCAGUGUUCACUCCUAGAUUAUGCCUUCAAAUUCAUCAACAUAUUAUUUUAAAUUUACUCGUUUUUAGGUGUCUAUGGCAAAAUGUUGCAAUGUUUUAGCUUAUGCGCCUUGUACUGGUUCAAAGAUUCGUAAACGGACAUGUUAUUACUGCUAAUCAAAUCGGUGUAAACAAAUUAUUCGUGUACUUGAACCUCAAUGUGGCAAAAAAUAGAUUUUACCAGAUGUUAUUCCAGCAAUCAAAA